GUCUAUCUGAGGUCAUGGUAGCUUGGAGAAAAAGGGGAGGAGAAAAAAAUCCCGCUGUAGUGAUGCCAAGUCCACGACACUUAAAUUAGAGGGGUAGCUAAGCAAGGAGGCAUGUUUCAGUUUUAGAGAGAGCUGCAAUUUUCAGAUUUGACCUCAAGCAGUUGGCACUGUAGCAUUGUCAGGUGGUGAAAAUAAGUCUCAGGGUUACCAAAUGGGAAUUUAAAAGUGUACAUAGUCUGCUGACGUCCAACCUCGUGUCGUUUACUCAAAUCUCUGCUGAGCUGAGAAUCUACAUUUUCACUCACUGCUGUCCCCAAAGUGCCACUCCGCCUCCAAGGCACAGGUGGAGCAGCCAUGUCCACUGGCUCUGCUGCAAGUGACGCUGAGGACUAUGAGACAUGCCACAGGAAGGCCGUCACCUCUCUGGAGAGGAGCGCGCGGAAGAUUACCUGCUACAAUCCCAACCGGUAUUCGGAUGAGGAGUUGGAGGACGACGGCAUAGAGGAGAGGAUCAAGCAUGAGCGCAAACUCUCCAAAGCGCACCAGAAGGAAGCGCGGCAGUCGCAGAGGAACGCGGCCAACGCCAGGGAGAGGGCGCGGAUGAGAGUGCUGAGCAAAGCGUUCUCCAGACUAAAAACCAGCCUGCCCUGGGUACCAGCUGACACCAAACUGUCCAAAUUGGACACGCUUCGACUCGCCUCGAGCUACAUCUCUCACCUGAGACAGCUUCUGCAGGAUGACCGGUUCGGGAACAGCUUUGCGCACCCAGUCAACCUGACCUGGCCAUUUAUGAUGACAGGCCGACCAGAGGACAGCCAAGGCAUCACUGUAAGACUGUGCGGAGCAACAGCAUAGGACUCUCUUCUUCACACACCAGCUUUGGUUGUUGUAGAGCCUGCUGACAUUGUGAAACCCUCCCUGUCCAGUGGCCAUCUUUGGCAUGUGUCCAAAACAAUGACUUUGAACUCAACCUUUAAUCAACUAAGGAUUGUGUAUUUCAGAGCAUGUCAUGUUAGAGCAAUAAAUACUUUUGUAUUUGUUUGUUCGGAUAUAGUUUUUUGUGUGUGCAUGCUGAUUAGUAUUAUGGUAUGUUUACACUGUGUGUAGGCCUAAGCUCAUUUCUGUUGGUUUUAAACUCUACUACUACUGCACUACUGGACUACUGGACAGUGUUACAGAUAUUCUGGUUGAUCACAAAACUUUAUUGAUACAGUGUAAAGCUCUGCCUGUAGGUAGUAGCAGUCUUCCAUUUUUACUUAUCUGCAUAGACUGACAGGACCUAGAGUGCAUUUCCCAAAAUCACCACAACUCAAAGUCUGUUUUGCUACUUUGAAUGUAUUGCCAUCACCGAGCUGAAAU